ACCAACUUCAGUCUGUCACGACGGCCUUUCAUGGCGCUCAAGACAGAUACUCUCAUUACAAAGACCAUCUCUAGCUCUUAGACUUCACGUUUGAUACCCGCACUGCCGUUCACAGUCCUGGUCAUUGACUGAGGCCUUGAUAGCCAACAUAAGGGUAGCAAAGUGUUCUCAUCCAUCAACUCUUUGUCCCCCUGGAUUGACGCCGUAUCAUUUACUAAGCAUACUGUCAACCGAAACAUGAGUCUUUCAAACAACUGCGACGAAGCCGGCUGCGGCAUUAUUGGGAUGUGUUUGAAAUGCACUCAACAGACAGCAAACCUUUACUUCACACAACGUCAAUCGCAGUUCAGUAUAAGUUUUGCCAUACCGUAUGUGUUUUCAGCUAUGUUUGAGCUCGCGUAGACCGAACGCUUCCAUUUAUCGAGCGUUCCAUAUCCCAAUCCGUUGACCACGUCUACUUUGCCUUCUUGGUAUGUCAAUCUAUUCGAGCAAUUCGGUUAUCUUUGACACGU